AUGAAAAACAAAAUUGUCAACGUUUGCUCCAUUUUGGUACUCCUGGUAUAUUGCUCCAUACCAACAGUAAAAUCUGGAAUCCAAAAGAAAAAAAAUGUUCAAGAGGAUGUACUAAAUAUAUUAAUGAAGAAGUUGGAGAAUUUGAAUAAACUUAGAUCAAUCCAUUCCAAUGAAAAUUAUAACAUGGAAAUUGAAUCUCUAAAGGAAAAAAUUCAAGAAUUGCAGAAAGAUGAAACGUUUCAAUCUGGUGAAAACGUAGAUUCCCUUUUAAAUGAACAAUCCGGGGAUCAACUUACAAAAAAUCUCUUUUGGGGUGGGUUCCAAAAUGAUACCUCGAGUGAGGAAGAUGAGACUGAUGAAAUGGAUGAAGCAAAUGAAGAGGAUGUUAUAGAAAAUGCACAUGGUAUAGACUAUUCACUUAAUGUAGAUAACCUAGAGGACAAUGAAGAGAAAGACUCCAUUGAAAACGUAGGAAUCAGUGCAAUAGAGGAGCUUGAAGGAGGAGAAGACCAACUAAUGGACACUGCUGUAGAUGGAAGUUUAUCAGCUGAGCAUGAUGAAGUAACAGAUGAGAAGUUCGAAGAAUUAGAUACAGUGACAACAUUAAAACCAGAAAAUGAACAAAUCAAUGAGGAAGAGUCGUACAUAGAAGAAGAAAAUGAUGAAUACACAAUGGAAGAUGGUUUUGUAGACUCAGAUAUAUCCGACAUUAGUUUAGAUAAUUCGAUUUCAUCGAGUUAUGAAGAAUUAGAAAAAAAACCAAUUGGAAGCUAUACAGAAGAAAAUCAAGAAGACUUGGAGAAAAAUUUUGAUGAUGGUAUUAACACAGAAUCAAUUGAAGAGGAUCUCGAACAAGUAACACUAGACCAAACAACUCCAUCAGGUGAAAAGGAAUCCUCAGAACAAAUGGAAAAUGAACAUUUGUCAAAUGAGAAUUAUUUUGAUAAACAGAAUGAUGAUGUUAGCGAAACUGCAGAUGAUAUCAACGGAGCAGAAGAACCUAUAUUCCAUGGAAGACAUAAGGGUGAUAGAAAAAGUUAUGAAUCUUUUCCUAACGAUAUUGAUAACUUACUGGAAAAGAAAUUUUGUGAUGCAUGCACGAAAGGGGAUCAUACAGACGCCACAUGUACAUUGGAUGUAUUUAAAAAAGUAUUAGAAGAAGAAAAUUUAUUGAAAGAAUUUGAGGGUUUUAUUCAAAAUAUGUUUGGAAAUACAGAGAGUAAUAACAAUUUAGAAGAACCAAAAAUGGAAAAGGGGAAAAUGUACUUGGACCUCUUUAAUAAUGUGAUAGAUUUUCUCAACUCAAUUGAAGUGAUAUAA